UCCGGGUUGUGGCGCGGUGCAUUGUGGGAUGGUUGUCCUCUGUGGAGAGUCUUUGCUGUGAGGUGAAUCGCCCCGGAGAGAGAGAGAGAGAGAGAGAGAGAGUGAUGUCGGGCUACACGGCGGAGGAGAAGCUGCGGCUGCAGCAGUUAUCGGCUCUGCGGCGCCGCUGGCUGCGGGAUCAGGAGCUGAGCGCCCGGGAGGCGGCGAGCGGAGCCGCGGCUCAGAGCCGAGUGCAGGCCUUCUGGAGCUCCUUCACCCGGCCGCAGAGCCUCUGGAGGACCUCCGCAUUUAAGGCAUAUAACGUGGGUGCGUUUGUUCUGACCCGUGUCCUCAUUCCAGCCUGGGUCGUUCACUACUAUGUGAAAUAUCACCUCAGUAAAAAACCGUACAGUGUGGUGGAGCUGAAGCCCAGACUGUUUCCGGGUGACACCAUUCUGGAGACAGGGGAGGUGGUUCCUGAGCUUCCUGAGACUCAUGGCCACGCCCACCACUGAACUGCACCUGUAAUAUAAGCAACUCUGUAUAUACUUCUGUAUCUGAGAAUAAAGACCUUUACACACACUGUA